AACAGAGAGCAGCGCUGCCAGGUCCUCUCCUCGCGGUCCGGGGGCAAAGGGCAGGCGGUGGGAGUGGGAGAACCAGCAGGCUCCAGCCAUGGCGGGACCCGAGUGGGUGUCGCUGGAGCGGUGCCUGGAAAAGCACCUGCCGCUUCCAGACCUGUGCGAGGUGAAGCGCAUUCUUUACGGCCGGGAGACGAGGACACUUGACCUGCCCAGAAAAGCUUUAGAAGCUGCCUCAGAAAGAGACUUUGAACUGCAGGGGUAUGCCUUUGAGGCCGCCAAGGAGCAGCGGAGAUGCCCCCAAAUUGUGCGUGUGGGGCUGGUUCAAAACAGAAUCCAGCUCCCCACAUCUGCUCCUGUGGCAGAUCAGGUCUCUGCCCUCCACAGACGCAUAGAGGCUAUUGUUGAGGUCGCUGCAAUGUGUGGAGUCAAUAUCAUUUGUUUCCAGGAAGCAUGGACCAUGCCCUUUGCUUUUUGUACAAGAGAGAAACUGCCUUGGACAGAAUUCGCUGAGCCAGCAGAGGAUGGCCCCACCACAAGAUUCUGUCAGAAGCUGGCAAAGCAGCAUAACAUGGUGGUGGUGUCUCCAAUCCUGGAACGGGACAGAGAUCAUGGGGGAGUACUGUGGAACACAGCUGUGGUGAUCUCCAAUUCAGGAUUGGUCAUGGGGAAGACUAGGAAGAACCACAUCCCCAGAGUGGGCGAUUUCAAUGAGUCAACUUACUACAUGGAGGGAAACCUGGGCCACCCUGUGUUCCAGACCCAGUUUGGCAGGAUUGCAGUCAACAUUUGCUACGGGCGGCAUCACCCCCUCAACUGGUUAAUGUACAGCAUCAAUGGAGCCGAGAUCAUCUUCAAUCCUUCAGCCACUGUUGGAGAACUCAGUGAGUCCCUGUGGCCAAUUGAAGCCAGAAAUGCAGCCAUUGCCAAUCAUUGCUUCACUUGUGCCAUUAACCGUGUGGGUCAGGAGCACUUCCCCAAUGAGUUUACCUCAGGAGAUGGAAAGAAAGCACACUGUGACUUCGGCUACUUUUAUGGCUCAAGCUAUGUGUCAGCUCCUGAUGGCAGCCGAACUCCUGGACUCUCACGUAAUCGGGAUGGGUUGCUGGUUGCUGAGCUCAACCUCAACCUCUGUCAGCAAAUGAAUGACAUCUGGAACUUCAAGAUGACAGGCAGAUAUGAGAUGUAUGCCCGGGAGCUUGCUGAAGUUGUCAAACCCAAUUACAGUCCCACCAUCGUGAAGGAGGACCUGGCGUCAGCCCCUGUGUGUCUAGGCGGGUUAGGUGUGGGAACAACUGGGGUGUCCAGGGAAUGAGUUUGAAAAUAUAUAGAUGGUUAUAAAAUGCUGGGGUAGGAGGAGCAGAGAAUGGGAAAGAGGGAGGGAGCGUGACUGAUAAAAAUGGGCGUGUGGUUUUCUUCUGGGGUACUGGAAAUGCUUUGGGAUUCAGUUGAUGGUUUAAUCGUAUUAAAGAUUCAUUAAAUACAACUGGA